AUGUCUUCUUCACAAGUAAACCUUCAAAGUUGCCUAAUUCCACUAGAGGAGAUCAUCCGGGCCACCGAAGAUUUUAGUCCUGAAAGACUUAUUGGAAGCGGUGGAUUCGGUAUGGUCUACAAAGGACAACUCUCUGAACUCUGGCAAAACCGAAUAGUUGCUAUCAAACGGCUAGACCUCGCCGGCAACCAAGGAGAGGCCGAGUUCAUCAAUGAACUUCAGUUGGUUUCAAGACUCCACCAUGAGAACAUCAUAUCUUUCGUUGGUUAUUGUAACGAUGGCAACGAGAUGAUUAUAGUUCAUGAUUAUGCUAGUAAUGGAAGCCUUGAUUAUCAUCUCCAAGACCCAAAUAAGAGGCGUGGCAUAAAAUGGACACAACGUCUGAAAAUCUGCUUAGGUGCAGCAAGAGGGCUCGAUUACCUUCAUUCGGGUCUUGAGGAGCCCAAUAGAGUAAUACAUAGAGACGUGAAAAGUGCUAACAUAUUGUUAGAUGAGAAUUUUGUCGCCAAAAUUUGUGAUUUUGGUUUGUCAAAAGUGGGUCCUAGAAAUCUGCCAAAUACCCAACUCUAUACAAAGGUUGCAGGUACACAAUUUUACUUGGAUCCCAGAUACCGUGAAAGUGGCAUCCUUACAAAAGAAUCAGACGUAUACUCGUUUGGGGUGGUCAUGUUUGAAAUGCUAAGUGGAAUGUUGGUAUAUCUUCCAAGGAGCAUUGGAGAUGAUAACGCAGAGUCGCUGAUGAAUUUCGUCCGUCGAUACGAACAAAAUGAUGAAAACAAGUUAAUUGAUAACGACAUUAGAGAUAAGAUUGAUAUUGGUUCUUUUAAUACGUUUAAAGAAAUUGCAUAUCGGUGUGUUAGUUUUAAUUUCAAGGAUCGCCCUAUGAUGGGCACGAUUGUCGAAAAGAUUGACGAAGCAUUGAACAUUCAAGAAAAUGUUGAUAAUGUUGAUGCCCUUAUAGAGUGCGUUAGGGAAGAUAUCGGAUUCAGACAUGGCAAACCCGUUGCAGCCUUUACCAUCUAUAAAUGCCUUAUCCAUUUGAAAUAUCUUGAAGCUGAAAGAACUUCCGUGUUUGAUCGACUGCUUCAUAUUUUUAAUUCAGCAAUCGAGGAUGAAUAUAAUACGACUCACAUGGCGUAUUGGUUAUCAAAUACAUCUACUUUGUUAUUCUUGAUCCAAAAAAGUCUAAAAUUUGAUAGUGCAAGUCCCCCAACAUCGCAACUUCAAAGAGCCAUGGGAUUUCCAUCAUCUGUGUCUGAUCUUAAUGAGAUAGUACAACAAGUUGAAGCCAAACAACUAACUUUGCAUUUCAAACGACAACUAACAGAAUGUGCACAGAAAAUGUAUGGCAUUAUUCGUGACAAGUUGAAGCAUGAGGUGGGAUUACUACUUGACUUAUGUAUUCAGGCGAAUUUUAUCCAGGCGAGUUUCGUACAGCCAACAUCUGUCCCCUCCAGCCUCCAGGAAAGUGUGAAAUUCAAGUUUCCACAAAGGUUGUUCAUUCUCGGAGGUUUUGAACGGAAUCACUGGCAUGGGAUUGUUGGUCAUCUCACUACUUUCCUCAACACAUUGAAGGAAAAUUAUGUGCCUCCCACAAUUGUUAAGAAGAUAUUUGCUCAAACUUACUCAUAUAUUAAUGUGCAGCUAUUUAAUAGUCUUCUUCUAUACCGGGAUUGUUGUACUUCCAACAACGGGAAAUAUGUGAAAGCCGGUUUAGUUGAGUUGGAACUAUGGUGUCUUCAGGCGAAAGAAAAGUAUGCAGGCUCAGCAUGGGAUAAACUCAAGCAUAUUAGACGAGCUUCUGACUUCUUGGCUGUAUAUGAAUAUGAAAAUAAUGGUGUACUCAUUUGUACAUUCCCUACUCUAAGCAAGGAGCAACUGAAUAGAAUACUAACUCAUAUCAAGGAUAUGCGUACGGAAACUCGUCCCAAUCUUGAAAUUUUGUCUCUAUCGUCGCAUAUUUACCAUCCGCACUUAGUUUCUGGGGAAGCGAAAGAUUCCUACAUAGAAGAUAUUUCCGUUCUACUAGAAGAUAAUUCCAGGUAUACUACCUUUUUCUGCACUGGUUUAUUUGAUUUUUGA